AUGAUCUGGGGCUCACUACUCCUCACGUUGGCCGCUACUGCGGUGGCUUUGCCUCAGCCAGACAAACAUGUCAAGUGCCCUUCGGGAGAGGAGCUCAUUCGUUUGAUCCGACAUGAGCAUGACGGACCCUCGUUCUGCCGGGAGCUGAUACAUCGCACUUGCGAUAUCGUCACACACACAACGAAGGUGCACCCAUGGCCGACUACUGUCAAGGUCACGCAUACCAUCACGGACUAUCCGCCCAAGGUGACCGAGACAUCGACCAAGCAAAUUACCUCGACAACCAUUCAUGUGGUUACCAGUACUGGAACGCAAUAUACCACCUCGACUAUCACUGUACCUGUGACUGUCACUGGCCGCACCGCGGUGACUGUUAAAGAUGUCAAGACUACCCACUUAACCAAGGUGGACUACGAAAUGACCACCCGGUCCUUUACGAGCACUGCCACGAGCACCGUUGUCCAAACAAUCACUGAUAAUGUUGCUGCCACUAUCACGGAUGUUUCGACCAAGACCGAGACCAACACCAAGACCAACACAAUCACCGAUUAUUUCACUACAUUCGUCACGGAGUAUAUCACUGAUGUCGCGACUGCCUUCGUGAGCAACACAUUCACUGAUGUAUCGACUGCUACUAUCACCAACUAUCACACGGAGACCAUUACUCUUUCUUUCACUGACACUGCCACCGAGACGGCUACCGAUACUAUCUCUUCUACGGCCACCCAGGACGUAGAUGUUACUGCCACCGAAGUCCGGCUGGUUACUGUUGUCCAAACCGACAUGGAAACAGCCACAAAUGUGGUUCUCACAACCAUGAUUGACUAUGCAACCGCCACUCAGACCACCCUUGUGACUGAUGGCAUAACGGUAACCACUGAUGUUGUUGUUACCGCGCCUGCUAGGCGCUGGGAAGUUGCUCCAGAGCGGCAUGCGUUCCACACGCCUCCGCCCCUAAGGACAAUCCCGCUCAGGGAUUUGACCACCGCUUGCUCUGCUUUGCACCUCGGCAAGUGCACUUUGACAGUCCUCACUACCCAGACAGAUACGCGGCCCACCGUGACUCAGACUUUGACCACCCAUUCCAAAGCCCACAACCCCCAAACAGUCAAGAUCACGAAAACUAUCACCGAAUAUGUCACUAACUAUACCACCAAUAUUGUGCGCACUCUCUUGACUAAGGCUGUGACUCGAACUUCUACGGCAAGCGUCGUUGCGACCUCAACUAUCACGGAUACCUCCACAACUACUGCUACGGACACCUCGACGGUUACUGUGACAAACGACUACACUACCACUGUGACCGACGUUGUUACAGCUUUUUGCACAACUGAUCUGACAUCUUUGACAACGCUCGAUGUGACCACCUAUGAAACAGCCGAGAUUACCCAAGAUAUGACUGUCGAUGUGACUUCCACUGCUACAACCGACAUCAUCACGACUCAGGACACCACCGAGACACUCGAUUUCACUGUCAGUCAGACAACCACCGCUACAGCCGAUAUAAUCGCCACCGAAACCGCAUCCACAACAGAGACUGAGACCACGACUAUCACAGUUGCCAUCACCGAAGUGGCAACCAUCACAUCUACCUCCACAAUAUCUGCAACAGUCACUUCGCCAAUAACAAUCCACACUGCUGCCACGACCACUGUCGAUGCACUGAGCACGGUCAUAACAACCUCCACUGUCGACGUCACCGUCACUCAGACAGUACUUACCACGACAACCACAACACUGACAUCAACCGCCAUCCCGGCAACCCCUACUUGCGGCAUGAAUCUGGUCCAGAACCCCAACUUUUCCAACGCUGCUCUGAGCCCAUGGACACUCAGUACGACUGGUGGCGGCAGAUAUGCGAUCGUGUCGGGCUAUGAUACCCCCUACGCAGUCCAACUAUAUACUGCGAAUGGCCUCAGUACUUCCAAAAUCAUGCAGACAUUCGACACUGUUGUCGGCAAUACAUACAAAUUCUCGGCUUACUACAAGGCCAUAGCAGGGAGCACCGCCAGCACCAUGAUGUGUACUUAUGGUGACCGUUCUUACACUGUCAGCCUGGGCUCGUCACCGAAGGGUGUCUGGUUGGGGAUUUCAACCAACUACGUCGCAACUUCGUCGUCCGUGACUCUGGCUUGUACUCUGUCUUCCCCACUCUCGGCUUCUGUCGUCCUUGACGACUUUUCUUUUAUGUGCUGA